AUGGUUCGUAUAUACACAAUCACCGGUGUGGCUCUCGGAUUUGCACUCUGGUAUUUCCUCAUCAUAAUGAACAAAAACGAAUGGGAAGGGUUGAAACAAAUAUGCUUGAUAUUGAUUGCUUGUCUAUCAAUCCCUUUCUUAACCGGAUUGGUUUACAUGACAAGUGUUUGGAAUAUCGCAACGGUGAUUGCAAUACUAGAAGAAGAUUAUGGUAAGAAAGCGCUGCUAAAGAGUAUGAAACUGAUCAGAGGUAAAAUAUUGGUUUCGUGUGCUGUUUUUGUCAUGCUUGACAUUACUCUUGUUGGUAUACCUUCAACAUACAUUUUAAUUGUGGUUCAUGGAUCCUUGUCGAGUUUCAUAGGUACAAUAUUUGCAGGAAUUGUUUGCUAUUCGUUAAUGACUAUUGUGGUCCAUUUUUCUCUUGUAAUCCGAACGGUUAUCUAUUUUGUCUGCAAAUUUUAUCACAACGAGGAUAUAUGGAACAUUACUCCGUUCCCAGAUGUUUGUUAUGUUAGCUUGGUUACGGUAAACAAGGACGACAGGGGCAACUACAUCGAGCUUUAG